AUCCGUGCGCGGCUGCACGGAUUGGCUGAGUCUCCGGCCACGCCCCCCGAUCCUGGGCAUUGGGUGCGUUGGCGACCAAUCAGCGAGGCUCUUGCUGCGGAGUGGGUGACCCCCGCCGACGGCCGGAAACGCAAGGGAGGACUUUGCCGAGGUUGUUUUACAUAGCUCAGGUCGGGGGAUCCGUAAUCUCGGCUGUCUCAAGUCAAAAGGGACAAGAGGCCUGCGGGCCCAACUCGAGAGCCAUCGGUCCAGAGUUGUCUUCUGCAGAGCCUAGCAUGGGUUUCCUGACCGCCGUGACUCAAGGCCUGGUGCGAGGAGCGGACAGGAUGAGCAAGUGGACAAGCAAGCGGGGACCACGCACCUUCAUCAAGAGCCGGGGUGCCAAGAGAACUGGCAUUUAUGCCUCUAAUGGGAAGUUUGUGCUGGUAAAGGAAAUGGUCCCAGAAUUUGUGGUUCCGGACUUGACUGGCUUCAAGCUCAAGCCCUAUGUUAAUUACCGAGUUCCGGAAGGCACAGACACACCCCUGACCGCCAAAGCGCUCUUCCUGGAAACAGCUGCACCAGCUAUUGAAAAAGACUUUAAAGAAGGAACUUUUGAUCCUAACAACUUGGAGAAAUAUGGCUUUGAGCCCACACAGGAAGGCAAACUGUUCCAGUUGUAUCCUAAGAAUUUCCCACGCUAGAAAACAGUGACAGUGACCAAGAGUUUGCUUACAAAGCGGAGACAAUACUAACCAGGCCUAGGAUCCUGAAGAGUAGGGGCAGUUUCCUUGUGCAUUUCUAUUAAAGACCUUUAGUAGCUCAUA